GGCAACUGUCGGCCGGUGAACCGGGGAGACAUAAGAAGCGGCGAAAAUUCCAACACAUCACACACGAUUCAAAUUUUUUUUAAGAUUUCUAAUUUAUCCCCUAAUAAACUAUUAACCUCAAUUAAACCCUAAAAAUGAAUUCUUCUUCUUAUUUUUUUCGAAAAGCCAAAAAUUGAAUUCUGUACUUCCCACCCUACACUCACGGUUAUUUUAAAUUACACCCCCCUUUUCAUUUUUUUUUUCUUUUUAAAUACUAUAUUUCACCCUCCCAAAAAUUCCUAUUUCUUGCUAAUUUUUCCUCUUACUAGUUGUGUUCUUAUUCUUCUCAUUCUCUCAGUAGAAAGCGGCAAGAAAUUCUCUUAUCUUGACAAGAAUCGAUUACUGGGUACUUAAAAAUCUAACCUGGAAUGAGAUGGGAUUGUACAGAGCAUCAAAACCCUAAUAAUUCUUUCUGUUGGAUUGAUUAUUAAGUAUUUCUUGUAAAAUGCUCUUGUAUGAAGCCUCCCUGGCUAACUCCGAUUCUGCCGGCUUUAUAUUUGAUCUGGUUUAGAAUAUCUAGAGGUGACGGAGAUUUCUGGGUGGUCAUGUCUUCGUGAAAAGAUCUUAACUAGUUGUAAUAGAUUUGCAAUAUAAUUUUCAUUGGUAAAUGUGGACUAUGGAAAUCAUUGAAGUUGAAGAAAAUUUAUUUGCAGCAAGUGAUGCUAAGCUACAUGGAGUAAUGUGCAAGGCACUCUCUGUAAUAUAUUGCAAAAUCGUGUCAAUUUUUCCUUCUUUGGAAGCGGCACGACCCAGGAGCAAAUCUGGCAUUCAAGCAUUAUGUUCAUUGCAUAUAGCACUUGAAAAAGCCAAGAAUAUUCUUCAGCAUUGCUCAGAAUGCAGCAAGCUUUAUUUGGCUAUCACUGGAGAUUCUGUUCUUUUAAAAUUUGAAAAGGCAAGAUCUGCUCUUGUAGAUAGUCUUAGGCGUGUUUACGACAUUGUCCCACAAUCUAUUGGAUGCCAGAUUUUGGAGAUUGUAAGUGAAUUGGAGGGCAUUGUGUUCUCACUUGAUCCAUUAGAGAAACAAGUGGGUGAUGAAGUAAUUGCAUUGCUUCAGCAAGGGAGAAAAUUUGAUAACUGUAAUGACAAUAAUGAGCUAGAAUCUUUUCAUCAGGCAGCCACUAAACUUGGUAUUACUUCUUCGAGAGCAGCUCUUGCAGAGAGAAGGGCUCUUAAGAAACUUAUAGAAAGAGCUCGGGUGGAGGAAGACAAGCGGAAGGAAUCAAUUGUGGCUUAUCUCUUACAUCUGAUGAGGAAAUACUCCAAGUUAUUUAGAAGUGAGCUCACAGAUGACAAUGAUUCACAGGGUUCAACACCUUGUUCACCCACAGUUCAGGGUUCUUUUGUGGAUGCUGGUGAUGGCCAUGCCUUUGAGCGACAGUUGUCGAAGCUUAGUUCUUUCAAUUUCAAGCCAAACAAUAGGAAAUCUGACCAGAUAGCUGUUCCUCCAGAAGAAUUAAGGUGUCCAAUAUCAUUGCAGCUAAUGUAUGAUCCAGUAAUCAUUGCAUCUGGACAAACAUACGAGAGGAUCUGCAUUGAGAAAUGGUUCAGUGAUGGGCAUGACACCUGCCCAAAGACUCAACAGAAGCUCUCUCAUCUGUGUUUGACUCCUAAUUAUUGUGUCAAGGGUCUUGUCACUAGUUGGUGUGAACAGAAUGGAGUUCCAGUCCCUGAUGGCCCCCCAGAUUCUCUUGAUCUCAACUACUUUAGGCUGUCAUUAUUUCAGUCAGAGAAUGCAAAUUCAAGAUCAGUGAACAGCAUCAGCUCUGACAAAUUGCAAGGGAUGAAGGUAGUUCCUUUAGAGGAGAGUGGUACCAUUGAGGAGGCUGAACAACAUGAAAUGGAAAGUUCAACUCCAGAGGAGGAAAAAUCUCCACAGGAAGAAGACGUUACGCAUGAUAUGUUUCAAAGGUACCAGAAUUUUUUGAACAUCUUAAAUGAAGAGAAAGACUUGAGGAAAAAGUGCAAGGUAGUAGAAAAAAUAAGGGUUCUGCUAAAAGAUGAUGAGGAGGCCAGGAUUUGUAUGGGGGCUAAUGGGUUUGUUGAAGAACUGUUGCAGUUCCUGGAGUCAGCUGUGCAUGCAAGGGAUGCAGUGGCUCAGGAAAGUGGAGCUAUGGCUCUCUUUAACCUUGCUGUCAACAAUAACAGAAACAAGGAAAUGAUGCUGGCUGCAGGUGUUAUCCCAUUGCUGGAGAUGAUGAUCUCCAACUCUGAUUCCCAUGGAUCAGCAACAGCCCUCUAUUUGAAUCUCUCCUGCCAUGAAGAUGCAAAGUCCAUAAUUGGCUCAAGUCAGGCUGUUCCCUUUUUAGUCCAGAUUCUUCAAGGUGAAGCUGAACCUCAAUGCAAGAUGGAUGCCCUCCAUACCCUAUAUAAUCUCUCCUCCAAGGCCUCCCAUAUUCUGAGCCUCCUUUCUGCUGGCAUCAUCAGUGGCCUCCAAUGUCUUCUUGCAGCCCCUGGAGACCUUGAGUGGACGGAAAAAUCCAUAGCAGUGUUGAUAAAUUUAGCUUCAAGUAAAUCAGGAAAAGAUGAAAUGGUCGCAGCCCCUGGCCUUAUUAGUGGGCUAGCAACAAUAUUGGACACGGGUGAACCCAUUGAGCAGGAGCAAGCUGCCUCAUGCCUUUACAUUUUGUGCAACGGCAGUGAAAAGUGCAGUCAAAUGGUCCUUCAAGAAGGGGUUAUACCUGCAUUGGUCUCUAUCUCAGUAAAUGGUACCACAAGAGGGAAAGAUAAGGCACAGAAACUUCUAAUGCUAUUCCGGGAGCAACGGCAACGGGAUCAACCUCAACCACCUGCUGAGGUGCGCUUUCAACGGGCUGAAAGUAGUUCCAAGGCAAUGCCAAGUCAGGAAUCAAAGCCACUAUGUAAAUCGGUCUCCAGGAGGAGGAUGGGGAAAGCUUUAAGCUUUUUUUGGAAGAGCAAGAGCUAUUCGGUUUACCAGUGUUAAACUUGGUCUUGUAAAUUUCCAUUGUAUCUUCUUUUUCUUUUUUUUCUUUUGUCCUGUCUCCAUGGGUAUUCUAAUUUUGUCGUCAUAGAGAAGAAGAGAUGUACAGGCCCAUGUAAGUUCUGGAUUUUUUUUUCCUCUUUUUGUGCCUUCCCUCUUUUAAGGUAGGAAACACGUGUACUGUGUAUGUCAUUGUAAGUGAAGCUCGAGUAGAUUAGCUUUCA